AUGGAACAGACAGGUGAAGGCACCGGUGUGGCGGAGGUGAGCAGGACGGAGGCCGGCAUGCGGGUGCUGCUCAUGCAGCUGGCCGAGGCGGCAGCGCUGGAGCGCAGUGCCGAGCGGGGGCGGGAGCUGCUGGCCACCGUCGUGCACGCCCUGAGGACCAUCCUCAUCGCCCUGCGGAAGGAGGAGUGCUCUGACGAAGGUGCCGAGGGGCUGCUCAAGUCGCGACGAGCCCCCUUCCUCCGUCUGGACUCGUUUCUGGAGUAUGUCGGAUACGAAGACACGGCCGAUGGGCUGGUGCUGAGCGACCCAGACGCCGCGGCCGACGGCAUUGAGAGUGGUCUGAAGGCGCUCGAGUGGUUCGAGCAGCAAACACAGGGCAAGAGCGACCAGGCGCUGUUGACCGCCAGCCAGAGUGGCCACAAGCAGUCGUCCAAACCCAGCGCCAUGACUGACAUACUCGACGCCCGUAUCGGCGACCUCCUCAUCAGUCAACAUGAAGGCGCACCCGAGGAAGGUAAUCGCGUCGCCGUUGUGCAAGGGAGAGCGUGGUGGCUGGGUGGUGGAACGAGGCACUGA